AUGGCCAUCACGAGUGAAAACGCAAGAAUUAAUAUUAGUGGGGAAUGCCUUAACAACUUAAGAUUUGCAGAUGACAGUGAAUCAGGGGAGGGAUUACAAAAGAUAAAAGAGGAUCUGAAUAGAGAAAGCAGAAAUGUAGGACUGAAAACGAAUAUGAGUAAAUCUAAGAUAAAUUCAAUGAAAAUGCAGAGACAACAAAUAAGGGUUAUGGACGAACCUCUAGAGAUUGUUAAUGAAUAUACGUACUUAGGACAGACAGUUAGUGUUUCCCCAGGACAUGAGACCGAAAUUAAAAGAAGGAUAGGCAUGGGAUGGAGAGCUUUUGUUGUAACCUAUCCUACUUUCACUUGUACCUCUCUCACACUAGUGACACUGGAGAUUAUCGACCAAGUCAAUGAACCCCACACCAUCAGCAAGAGCCUUGCAGCUCCUUCCAUUCAAUUCUCAACCUUUGCACCCCAUCACUCCACCCAGAAGCAGGGCAUUUUAAGGGGGAGACGAUUUUCCUCACAGAAAAGAUCACCUCAUUGA